CCCCAUUAAAGUCGACGAUGCCCUAAUCAAGCAGCAAGCGAAAGGUUCGCACGCGUGAUGGCUUUCUCCGAUAGCUCCCGCCGCGAAGCUUUCUUGCCCUCCUUCCUUUACUCGCCGGUGCUGAAAUCCUCCGGCCUCGAACGGAUCCUCCUACGAAGCCCUAGCUCUCAGGUCGGGCAAACGGCCCCUUCGACCGGAUCGCCCCCGCCGACCUCUUUCCUCGUCGAAGCUCCGAGCGAGCCCGCAAGGAAAAUUGAGAUGUACUCCCCGGCUUUCUACGCUGCCUGCACCGCCGGAGGCAUACUUAGCUGCGGUCUCACCCACAUGGCCGUCACACCUCUUGAUCUCGUUAAGUGCAAUAUGCAGAUUGAUCCGGCGAAAUAUAAGAGCAUCUCCUCAGGAUUUGGAGUUCUGCUUAGGGAGCAAGGCGCCAGGGGAUUCUUCAGGGGUUGGGUACCGACCUUGCUUGGCUACAGCGCUCAGGGAGCUUGCAAAUUUGGCUUUUAUGAAUUUUUCAAGAAAUAUUAUUCGGACAUUGCUGGGCCUGAGUAUGCAACCAAGUAUAAGACGUUAAUUUAUCUUGCUGGGUCUGCAUCUGCCGAAUUCAUUGCCGAUAUAGCUCUUUGCCCAUUUGAGGCUGUUAAAGUGCGUGUCCAGACGCAACCGGGAUUUGCCCGUGGCAUGAGUGAUGGGUUCCCCAAGUUUGUCAAAUCUGAAGGAGCCUUGGGACUCUACAAAGGGCUUGUUCCGCUUUGGGGUCGUCAGAUUCCAUACACAAUGAUGAAGUUUGCUUCAUUUGAGACCAUAGUGGAGUUGCUGUACAAGAAUGUUAUUCCCACUCCUAAGGAUCAAUGCAGCAAGCCCUUUCAGCUUGGUGUAAGCUUUGCAGGCGGCUACAUUGCCGGUGUCUUAUGUGCCAUUGUAUCUCACCCUGCUGACAACCUCGUCUCUUUCCUUAACAAUGCGAAGGGAGCUACAGUCGGUGAUGCGGUGAAAAAGCUUGGAUUGUGGGGCCUUUUCACCCGUGGACUUCCACUUAGGAUUGUUAUGAUUGGUACCUUAACUGGUGCACAGUGGGGAAUCUACGACGCCUUUAAAGUUUUUGUCGGCCUGCCAACAACCGGAGGAGUUACGCCUGCUCCUGCUCCUGCCCCUGCUUCUCCUACCCAAGAACUUGCUAAGCUGAGCAGCAGCUGAGCUGGUUUUCAUUCUUUUGCGGUAUUUCAGUAUCAGACAUUUAUGGAUGAGAUGAGCCCUUGAUGAUAUUCGGGUGUAUAAUAUGUUGAACAUUACCUCUUCGAUCUUGCUUUUUUACUUUAGUAUUUGUUGUGAAGGGUGUUUUUGCUCUCAUCCUUCUAUAAAUCGGAGAUAACAAUUCCUAGUUUCCUGCCAAAAACCAGUAGGAAGGAAAAAGUAAUAAUUUGUUGCUCUUA